AUGCUUGAAUUGAUCGAAAAAGCUACAACGGCGCGCUCGAAGACCCAUCGCGUCAUGGUCGGUCACGUCCCCAUCGGAGGGGGCAACCCAAUCGUCGUGCAAUCCAUGACCGACACGGAUACCGCCGACAUUGAAAAGACGACCGACCAGGUUAAACUCCUCGCCGACGCCGGCAGCGAAAUCGUUCGGAUCACAGUGAACAACGAUCACGCAGCAAAGGCAGUCCCAGAAAUCGCCAAGCGAUUGGCUGACUUGGGUUGCAACGUGCUGUUGGUAGGCGACUUUCACUUCAUCGGCCACCGCUUGCUCCGAGACCAUCCAGAAUGCACCGAAUCCCUAGCGAAGUUCCGCAUUAAUCCGGGUAACGUCGGGCGUGGCAAGAGACACGACGAAAACUUCACCGCCUUCAUCGAAAUCGCCCGCGACCUCGGAAAACCGGUCAGAAUCGGUGUCAAUGCUGGAAGCCUAGACCAAGAACUAUUGGUCCAGAAAAUGGACGAAAAUUCGCGUCGUGCGAACCCGAUGAGCGGCGAUGACGUCGAACGCGAAGCGUUGGUGGAAAGCGCAAUCGCCAGCGCCAGUGCGGCAGUAGAUGUCGGCCUCGCUGAGACAUCAAUGAUCAUCUCGUGCAAGGUGUCGCGCCUCGGGCAGAUGGUCGAGGCAUACAAGACGCUGUCCAGUUUGACCAACAUCCCCCUGCAUUUGGGAUUGACCGAAGCCGGGAUGGGACAGAAAGGGAUUGUCGCGACGACCGCCGCGCUCUCAGUGCUACUUUAUGGCGGAAUCGGCGACACGAUCCGAUCCAGCUUAACUCCCGAAGUUGGCGGUGAUCGUUCAAAAGAAGUAACGCUCUGCCAAGACAUUCUGCAGGCGCUUGGCAUCCGAACAUUCCGACCCUCCGUCACGGCAUGUCCGGGUUGCGGACGAACUACCUCGACCCUGUUCCGCGAAUUGGCGAGCGAUAUCCAGAAACAGAUUGACAUCAAUCUCCCGGAUUGGAAACAUCGAUACCCCGGUUCGGAAUCGUUGAAGGUGGCCGUGAUGGGAUGCGUCGUGAAUGGCCCUGGUGAGUCGCGGGCUGCGGACAUCGGCAUCUCGCUGCCGGGUAGCGGCGAAAGCCCGCGGGCUCCAGUAUUCGUCGACGGCGAACGCGAUCGAUUGCUGUCCGGACCAACGAUCGCCGAAGAGUUCAUCGGCAUGGUUAACGAGUACGUCGACCAUCGUUGGGGUGCGAAAACGGGCUGA